AUGGAUGGUCAGAUGAAUGCGGAUAAAAAUGUCGACGGCGAGACGCAGUACUCUACUGAUGAAGUGAAUCGUGUGAUCUUCGGCCAGAGUACUCAGAACACUCAGAGCCAUGUAAAGGAAGACGGGAACGCGAUUUUGAUGCAGACAUUACUCAAACAGAAUGAGUUACUAAUGAGAAUGUUAGCGAUAAAGGAGAAACCGCCAGAGGAGGUAUACGCGCCACCGGACUUGUCAAAAAUACUACCAACGUUUGAUGGUAAGUGUAAGCCCCACGAAGCGGCGGAUUGGUUGAGCACGCUAUGUGGAGUGGCGUCAUUACAUCGUUGGUCGGAUGCACUCAAGUUGGAGGCGGCGAGAGUAAACGUGGAUGGUCCAGCCCGCCAAUGGUAUAUUGGGCGAAGAUUCAAUUCAUGGGCAGAAUUUGAACAGCAGUUUAAAGCAACGUUCUUCAGAAAGGUUAACACGGGCAGUCGAUGGAAGGCAUUGGCAGCGCGGGUGCAAGGUAAAAACGAAAGUAUUCUAGACUACUUCCACGAAAAGGUUCGACUUUGUCGAGAUUUGGAAUUAGAUUUGUUUGAUACCAAGGAACAGUUAUUAGACGGUAUCCAGUCGAAAGAAUUAUUUCAAUAUUUGUUAAGCCGUACUCAUAAUGACGAAAAUGAGUUACUAUUUGACAUUAUGGACUACAUGCGGUUAGUGGAGCACAGAAAUGUUCGAUUUCAAAAUAAAAUAGUUUUGUCCAAUUCAAAUGAGAAGCAGUGGCCCAGAGGAGAAAGUCCUAAGCCCAAAGCGGAAAGUUCGAGUAGGAGUCAGAAGGGUGUUGAGUCAGCAACAAGCCGGAUAUGUUACAACUGUGGAUCCAGAACACACAUUGCACCAAGUUGUCCCAGUCCAGUAAGACCAAAAGGAGCAUGCUACGGUUGCGGUUCAACAGCACAUCAGCGAUCAGCGUGUCCGGAACGUGAUCAGAAAAAUAGGAAUGACACAAAUGAAGAAUCUCGGCGACAGAACGAGCGGCAACAUAGUGGAUCAGCAGGAGAGAUCAGACUGUUAGAGCCAGCAUAUAAUGUAAGGGUAAGUAUAAUAUUAUGUAAGGAGACUGUUACUGUUAAUGCGUUGGUAGAUAGUGGUAGCCCAAUUUCUUUGAUUAAGUCUCAUCUUAUCCGGACUAGUGAACGAAAACCGUUUAAUAAUGAUAUUUUUAUUUCGGGUAUCAACGGGUCUCAAUUGAGUAUUGAAGCUGUUACUGAUGCUACGGUUUUAUUAGUUGAUUAUGAUUUAAAUAAGAAACAAAUAUUUUAUGUGGUAGAUGAUCAGACUAUGUUAUCCGAAUGUUUAUUGGGUAGAGAUUUUAUUAAGGGGAUGAAUAUUUGGUUUGGUGAAGAUGGUAGGAUUAUGGUGAAUUCGAAGCAAGAACAGUGUAAUGGUAAUGACUUCUUGGUUGACUUAGGGUUAAUAGAGUAUGAGUUGGGAGAUGAGGUGGAGUUGAACAUAGGUGAGGUAUCAUUUAGUGAUAGAUGUAAGUUAAAAAAAAUAUAUGAUAACUGUUACUCAAGGGUGUUAAAGCCAGAGACUCCUGAGAUAAACUACGAAGUUAAUAUAAGUUUGAAAGACCACACUCCUUUUCAUUACCAACCUCGAAGAUUAUCAUAUGUAGAGAGGAACGCAGUGAAGGAUAUAAUUUGUGAGUUAUUAGAUAAAGGUAUUAUAAAGGAAAGUAAAUCUGAAUUUUGUUCGCCCAUAGUAUUAGUCAAAAAGAAAGAUAAUACAUAUCGAAUGUGUGCGGAUUUGAGAGAAUUAAAUAAAAGAGUUGUGAAAGAACAUUACCCGAUUCCACAUAUAGAUGAUCUAUUAGAUAAUUUAAGAGGGAAGAUCUUCUUUACAAAGUUAGAUUUAAAGAAUGCCUAUUUCCAUGUGAAAGUAUCGGAACAGUCGUCCAGAUAUCUCUCUUUUUCAACAUUUUUGGGGCAAUAUGAGUAUGUCCGAUUGCCUUUUGGGUACUGCAAUAGUCCCUCAGCAUUCAUGAGAUAUAUUGAAACAGUAUUUAGGGAAUUAAUAAGGUCUGGAAAGUUAUUAGUUUAUUUAGAUGAUUUGUUGAUAGCCACAGAAACUAUAGCAGAAAAUUUGGAAAUAAUAGAAUCGGUAUUAAUAGCAUGUAAUAAUAACUUACUUGAAUUGAGGGAAGAUAAAUGUUUUUUUCUGCAGUCGAGGAUAACAUAUUUGGGUUAUGUGGUGGAUAAGGAUGGAGUGAGACCUGAUCCGGCUAAUGUAGCAGCAGUGACACAAUUCCCAAUACCUAAAUCAAUAGCCAAUGUACACAGCUUUGUAGGACUAGUCAGUUAUUUUAGGAGAUUUAUUGAAAACUUUUCCAUUUUGGCAGCACCACUGUAUGCUCUGUUAAGGAAGGGAGCUCAAUUUAAGUUUGGGGAGAAGGAGUCACAGGCCUUUGAGUUGUUAAAGAAUAAGUUGGUGCAAAUGCCGAUUUUGGCAUUAUAUUCUCCGUCAGCUGAAACCGAGGUGCAUUGUGAUGCUAGUGCAUUGGGUUAUGGAGUGAUCCUAUUACAGAAACAGAAAGACGGUCUAAUGCAUCCAGUAUUUAUAGUAUUUGUUUUCGUUAAUGAAUCGUCCUUCUCAGCAACAUCUAAACUCUCAUCCUCAUGA